UGAAGUUGAAGUGUUCCCUGAAACUGAUUUCUGAUGUAUAUGAUUUCAUUUGUAUAACUCUUUAUGCAUUUCUAACACGGCAAAUCUACAAGUUCAAGAAGCUCAUAUCUAACUGCAGAUCCUUCGGAUUAGAUAUCAGAAAGAAUUUAAUUGUCUAUUCCCUUCAACAUGCCAAGUUGAAUAAAGUAGAGGGCUCUUUGAAUAAUGGCCUGUUGGUUGGGUCCUUGUCUAGAUAUUACACAUCCUUAAGGGAAUUCUCAUCGCUCGCCGAAUCAGUUAAGACUCAUUUUUCUUGUAUUGAGGGAGUGGAGUUUAAUAGAGUGGAGUACAUUGUUUCGGUAUUGCAUGAAUCUGCUAGGAGCUUUUCUAAAGCUGUUGAGUCCCUUGGAGUCUCAAGAUGUGGUCCAGAACUCACAAUGGCUUGGAUUGGAAAAGAUGUUCAUGAGUGGCAUAGGCGAAUCGCUUACCAGGUUUUGAUACUGAAAUUUGCAACUACUUAAUUACAACAACUGACAACAUGCUUGAUGAAAACUGCAAUUGAUUUGGAGAUAUUGCUAUCACAUGAACGAAUUUUCUCUUGCAUACUUUUUGGAAAUGGUAACAUCCAUAGCUAUGAUUCGGUUUUGAGAACCUUGAGUGUAAUCAAUUCCUCAUCUUCUUCCAAGGUACAUGAAAUUGGGAUUUAUGGAUCUCAACUUCUUGCUUCGCUGCUUCUCCCCCAUCAUUCCCCGAUUUUGAGCAGCAAUUCGUGACGUCACUCUACAGCUCUGCUCUUGGCCCGUCGCUGCUUCAUGUUAGAAAGAUAUGUAUUGACUCUGCAAUCAGAGGCCAACCAUACCUAUUGGGUUGUUCAACUGACAAGCUGAAGUCGAUGCUGGAUCAGUUGGCUGAUCUUGGAGUUAAGGGAAAUAAAUUAGAUAGGGUUAUUGCUAAAAGCCCGCAGCUACUAUUGUGUUCCAGUUAAGAAGCUUGUGUUCCAUGUUGUCUGCAGGUUGUUCUGUUCUUUGAAAAUAUGGGCUUGGAUAGAGAAAUUGUUGGGAGAAUUCUUUCUCGCUGCCAGCAUCAAUAAAACUCUUAAGAGGAAGAUUGAAUUCCUUUCUGAUCUUCCUGGGGUAAUCAGAAAGUAUCCGGAAUUACUUGUAACGGACACUGAUAAAACCAUACUGCAUCAGUUUAUGAUUGAACAAAUUGAGAUUGCUUCAUCUGCAUAUAGUUGAUCCUACCUAGUUGAAAAAAAGAUUAGUUCUAUAGUAUCGUAAUUGUAUACCUUCCACAUUCUCUAUAUUUUUAUAAGUUCAUCUGUGAUGUUCUGCAGGCUGAUGUACCUGAUGAAGUUAGGACUUUCGGAGAAAGAGAUUGCGCACGUUUUCUCCGCUCCUCGGGUACAGUAUAGAGGAGGUUUUGAGGCCAAAAAUAGAAUUCUUGGUGAAGUCGAUGGAGAGGCCGAUACGAGAGUAUUUUAGCUAUUCAUUAGAAAGGAAGAUAAAGCCAAGAUACUUUGUACUCAAGGGAAGGCACAUUGAAUGUAGCUUAAAGGAUAUGCUGGCUGUGGGUCUUGGAGGGAUGCUUGACCCUCCUCUCUGUUCUGAGAAUGUGUUGGAUUGCUGAGUAUUACAAAAGAUAAGAAGGUAGAGCUUCUUACCGAUGAGGUUGAUGGAUUGAAAUUCAAAUUAACGGAUGGUGUUGAUAUAGCAAAAGAUGGUACCAUUUAUUUCACAGAUGCUUCAUACAAGUACUUAUUAAAGGACCGCUUCUUAGACUUGUUGGAGGGUAAGCCUCAUGGUAGAUUCAUGAGUUAUGAUCCAACAACAAAGAAAACAGAAGUGCUUGUCCAUAAUCUCUACUUCCCCAAUGGUGUUGCUGUCUCACCAGAUCAGCAAUUUGUCAUCUUCUUUGAAAGUGUUCAGAUGAAGUGCAAGAAAUAUUACAUAGAAGGCCCUAAGAAAGGAAGUGUUGAAAAAUUCUGUGAUAACCUACCUGGCUACCCUGAUAACAUUCAUUAUGAUGAACAAGGGAUCAACCCCAGAACUGGAUAUAAUAUUCAGAUACCCUUUGAUUCAGAAGGCUUUAGGAAUGUUUGCAAAGUAUGUAACAAAAAUGAAGGAAUUAUAUCUGUAGAUUUGGAUGGAAAACCAAUUGGUCACUAUUCUGAUCCCAAAUUAGCAUUCGCAAGUGGAAUUAAAAUUGGUGAUCACAUUUAUUGUGGUUCCCUUUUUUAUCCCUAUAUACUACGUCUUGAUGUGAAGCAAUAUCCUGCUAUCAACUCAUCAUCUUCAAAAAAAUUUAAGUUAUAUAUAUUAUGCACAUUAUUCAACUUUUUAGUUCUAUAUGGACUAUAUGUUUUAUGUUACAAACUCGAUUCAAAUGAAGAGAAAAGUUUUUGA